AUGUAUGGAACCGAAUUUGUAAUUCUAGUGUUUACGACAAAUACUUCUGCAUUUGCAUCAAACACAUCAUCACCUAAUGGAUUGACUGUUGUUGGAAUGCUAAUCAUUUGGAGGUUUUUCUUAGGGGUAGGCAUUGGAGGAGACUACCCUUUAUCUGCAAUUAUAACAUCUGAAUUUGCAAAUACUAAAAAUAGAGGAGCUAUGAUUGCUAUGCAAGGGAGCAUAGUUGCCUUAAUAGUCUUAUUAUCAUUUAGCAAUAGAUUGAAUAAUGACGAUCCAUUAAAUUAUCUCUAGAUUGACCAUAUUUCGAGAAUAAUAGUAGGAUUUGGAGCCAUUCGAGGUUUGGUGGCAAUAUAUUUUCGUAUGACUAUUCCUGAAACUCCAGAAUUACUAUGGAGAUAAAGGAGAUGUAGAAAAAGGAGCAAGAAACAUUUAAUAGGUUCUGUAUAAGGAUGA